AGUAGGGCUUUCUCCUGGGAGCGGUGAUCCAGAGGGAGUUGCCAUGGCCGCUAAAGUCCCACUGGCAUUCCUCCACUCAGUUUCUUUAGUCCUGGACGCCUAGAGGAAGAGGAAACCUAAUUGGUCACUGGACUUUUCUAGUCCAUGAAGGAGGUUUCGGUUUUAAGAAAUAAAGUGACUUAGCUGUAGGUUCACUCCCCCACAGGAAAAUAUUGAGACAGAGCUUUCUAGUUCUCAGUUGUGAUUUGCAUACAACUUCCACUUCCUGAUUCAAAGCCUGUUCUGCAACUUACCUGAGACUAGACAGGAUAAGGAGAGAAAGAGAGAGAAAGAGAGACAUCCAGAGCAACCCAAAUCCCGAGGACGCUUUAAGGAGUGAGAAGAGAGAGGAGGGAGAGAGAGGGACCCUCCUUUCUUUGCCUCUUUCCAUCCCCCGGGCUGUCAGGCUUCUUCCAUUCUGAUCAUGAGAGUCUCCCAAACACUGAGCUAGCUCUGGCAAUGCGUGUAUCAACCUCAUUAUCAAUGUGUGCAUCCCUGGAAAAUAUCCUGCCAAGGCUGUUAUUUCUUUAUGGAUUCCAAACACAUAUGAAACACUUCAAACACUGAUUGUGCUGUGAGAUUUGAUCUGCUCACCACUCAAAUUGGAAAUAUGACUUCAAUUGCAGAAACUAGAAUGAGCCGGAGCAUUCCUGUUGAGGUGGAUGAAUCUGAGCCAUACCCAGUUCAACUGAUGAAACCAUUCCAGGAAUAUUCAAUGGAAGGGGAAUUUGAACUGCCUGCUCCAAAUGAUGGCAACAUGGUACCCAGUGGCUCCUACCCACCUGAAUCUUCUUGCACUUCUCCAGGAGACCCGUCUCCAUCCCAUAAGACCCAAGAGCUCACAAACCACUACUGGCUCGCAGAACAUCAGGACAGACAUCUGCGUAAUAAGAUACUAGAAGAGUGUGAAUAUAGUUUCUGGAGGAGACACGCAGAUCCUGGGAAAGAUUUCCCCUCUAGUUCCUCAGCUACCAGUGAGUCAGUGGUUGGAGCACUCUCCCCUAAGCAUCCGUUUUCACUUAUGGAAAAACGCAAUCAGCCGCUGGGAUCUCAGCUUUCAGCUGCUUCUCCUGACACUGGCCACGACUCAGGCAAAUCAGACCAAAGUUUACCUAAUGUGUCAGCAGACUCCCUUGGCAGGAGCCAAGAGAAUGCGCAUAGACUCCAGGCCCCUGGGAACCGAGGGCCACCGAAUUUGCCCACAGUAGACACUGGGUAUGACUCUCAGCCUCAGGAUGUUCUAGGUAUCAGACAGUUAGAAAGGCCCUUGCCCUUGACAUCAGUGUGCUACCCCCAAGACUUCCCCAGGCCUCUUAGGUCCAGAGAUUUUGUCCAGGUUGGACCUCAGAGAUACCCGGGAUGUGUACAGAUGCUGCCUCCUGAUCCUUCUCCACAUGCUCAGUGGAACUAUCAGUAUCAUGGUCCAGGAGAGCCAGAUCACCGUGUUCCAUAUGGCCAAGAGUACCCCAGGGCAGCCUACCAGCAAUUGGUACAGCCAGCCCAGCUGGUGCCAGGCCUUCCCGGACCCGGUGGAAGAGACUUCCAUCCUCCUGUUCAAAAAGUCAUCCUGAAUUAUCCCAGUCCUCAGGGACAAAGAGACUAUUCUUCUCCAGUGCCCCCAAGAUACCAGGGUCAAAUAUAUAACCAGCCACCUCCCCAAGCUGCUGCUCAGGAUGAAUCAUAUGAGUAUCCUGCUGACUACAGAUCCCAGAUUAACCAGAUUCCUUCCCCAGUUGCCAUCCCAAGACCCUCCAGUACACCUGCCAUCAGAGGAACUUUGAAAACAAGCAAUUUGCCAGAAGAACUGCGAAAAGUCUUCAUAACCUACUCUGUGGACACAGCUGUGGAAGUCGUGAAAUUUGUGAAUUUUUUAUCAGCAAAUGGAUUUCAAACUGCUAUAGACAUAUUUGAAGAUAGAGUCCGAGGCAUCGACAUCAUCAAAUGGAUGGAGCGCUACCUUCGUGAUAAGACAGUGAUGAUAAUCAUUGCAAUCAGCCCCAAAUACAAACAGGAUGUGGAAGGAGCAGAGUCCCAGCUGGACGAAGAUGAGCACGGCUUACAUACCAAGUACAUCCACAGGAUGAUGCAGAUUGAGUUCAUAAAACAAGGAAGCAUGAACUUUCGAUUCAUCCCAGUGCUCUUCCCCAACGCUAAAAAGGAGCAUGUGCCCACAUGGCUGCAGAACACUCACAUUUACAGCUGGCCCCGGAAUAAGAAGAAUAUUCUACUUCGGCUACUGAGAGAGGAGGAGUAUGUCCCUCCUCCAAGAGGUCCUCUGCCCACACUACAAGUGGUGCCCCUUUGAAGCCGCCCAAGAGUGUGGGGCAAAAGAUUCUGCUGCCUUCAUUUAGACUGGAUACCAUGGCACUCCUGGAUCUGGGAUCUGAGUGGUGGAAGCAGACUCACGCUGAUAGCUGUUUCCCACUUGUUCCCUGGGCACGGCAAUGAGUAAUUUCUCUUGAACACUUGUCCCCGCUCAGCAUCCAAAUGGCCUCUGUCACUAAUGCUGAAGCAGAAGCAACAUGUACCUCCCUGGGUUCUUCAACCUACUGCCAGAUGGGAUAUAAAGAUUUUUUUCCCCUCUUAAAAUCACCUAGGGCAUUUCCCUUAGCACCUUCACAAAUAGAUACUGUAAAUGAUAUCGCAAUAACUGUAGACUUUGACAGAUACUUCUUAUUUGCUUAAGAACUUUUCCCUGUUUAGCCAGAUGUAUUUUUAUUAUCCUUAAAACAAAAGAAUUUAAUGUACAACACAAUAAAAUGUUUACUUUUGUAAGGCUGGGGCUCAUAUAUCUCUAGGGUAACGUGGAAGAGGGCACCUAUUCAAUGGUGAAUCAAAGAGAUGUCUCCUGGAAGCAAACACAAAAUAAGUAAGACAUAAUAUCAGAUACAAUAGCUCAGACUCUCCUGAAUGAUAGGAUCACAGUAAAUUAGACAGACAUUCUUCUAACAUCCUCAUUGGCACACUCUAGCAGUUCAGAUUUUAAAAAUACCAUAUGGUCCUCAGCCCAGUCAUGAUUUGUAUGGAAUUUCUCUAUAUCUAGGGUCUAUAUUUAGAGUUUGUGUGGGUAAAAGUAAACAGUUAGGUGGUAUAGUAGAUAGAGCACUGAGCUUGAAAUUAGAAAAAUUCAUCUUUGUGGAUUCAAAUCUUGCCUCAGACUCUAGCUUUGGGGACAAGUUACUUAACCCUGUUUGCCUCAGUUUAUUCACCUGUAAAAAAAAGCUUGGAAAAAGUAAGAUAAGCCAUCCCAGUACUUUUGUCCAAAAAAAAAAAUCUAAAUGGAAUCAUGAAGAAUCAAACCAACUGUAACAACUGCACCAUAGCAAAAUGUGCAGUAAUAUGUAAAAUAUGAAUGGUUUGUAGCAUACCUUACCCAAUACAACUAAAAACUUUCUAUUUUUCUAUUAUCUAGGGGGCUCCUUGAGGCAGAAACGACAUAGAGUAUAACCUGGAGUAUAUUGGCCUGGCACCAAGUUUUGGUUAAAUUGUCAGUGUAAGCAUUUAUACCUCAGAAAUCAGUAAACUAUUUACAGGUGUUCAUUUGAUUGUUUUGUUUGUUUUCUAGACUUAAGAAAGUAUUGGAGUAAAUGUGAUGCAUGUUAAAUUUAA